UCUACAUAUAAAUACUUCAAACCAAUGUUCUGCAUCUUCAAUCAACUACCACCACAACCACAACAAACGGAUAAUUUUUAUUUGCACUUGCACACAGGAUUAUGGAAACAAAGACAGAGCUUGUUUCAUCAUCUUCUUCUUCUUCUCUCAUCACAGAUUCUUCUGAAUCUAGCAUAAACAACUCUUCUAUGGAACUUGGAAUUGAGGAUUUUGGCUGCACACAUUACAGAAGAAAAUGCAGGAUCAGAGCACCUUGUUGUGAUGAGGUUUUUGAUUGUAGGCAUUGCCAUAAUGAAGCUAAGAACUCUGAGGAGAUUAAACCUCUGGAUCGUCAUGAUAUCCCACGCCAUGAAAUUGAAAAGGUCAUCUGCUCCUUAUGUGAUACAGAACAAGAUGUUCAACAGUACUGCAUAAAUUGUGGAGUAUGCAUGGGCAAGUACUUUUGUGCUACAUGCAAAUUCUUUGACGAUGAUAUUUCAAAAAACCAAUACCAUUGUGAUGAAUGUGGCAUCUGCAGAAUUGGAGGCAAGGAUAACUUUUUCCAUUGCAAGAGAUGUGGAUGUUGCUACACCAAGGAAAUGGAAAAGGGGCAUCAUUGUGUAGAAAAAGCAAUGCAUCACAAUUGCCCUGUUUGCUUUGAGUAUCUAUUUGAUACAUUGAAAGAUAUUACAGUCUUACCUUGCGGGCAUACAAUACAUUUAGAGUGUGUUAAAGAGAUGGAAAAACAUCAUAGGUUCACAUGUCCUGUUUGUUCAAAAUCCAUAUGUGACAUGUCAAGUUUGUGGAAGAAGCUUGACCAAGUGGUUGCCUCAACUCCAAUGCCUGAAACAUACAGAAAUAAGAUGAUUUGGAUACUUUGCAAUGAUUGUGGAGUAAACUCCAAUGUGCAAUUCCACAUUGUGGCGCAUAAGUGCUUAAGUUGCAACUCAUACAACACAAGGCAGAUACAAGGAACACCUUCUACAUCAUGUUCAUCUAUGGUUUCUGAGAUGGUGAGAUGAGCAUUGGGUUGCAGAGAGAUCUCUAUUUUGAACCUUGUCUUUCAAUUCCUUUUGGGAUGGAAACAGCACUUUUGGUGUACACAACCCAGUUUAUUUAUGAUGGUGGAAGAGGGUAGAAAGCUUGCUCAACAAAGUAGUCAAGCUCCAAAUUUUGUAAUUUUUUUUUCUUCUCUGCAUUUUUAUUCUUUAACUAUUCUCUCUUCUGUCCCCAUCAUCCUCCAAAAGAGGCCAUGUUAAACAGUAAAAAUGAGGAAGAAUAAACUUGCCACUGAGCAUUUCUCU